AUGGGCGGCUCACAUUUGGGCAUCGCUUGGCGAAAUAGUGUCGAUAGUGUUACUGGCUGGAGACACUAUCGAGCAAAGCGAGAUGGCGUCGAUAGUGUUACUGGCUGGAGACACUAUCGAGCAAAGCGAGAUGGCGUCGAUAGUGUUACUGGCUGGAGACACUAUCGAGCAAAGCGAGAUGGCGUCGAUAGUGUUACUGGCUGGAGACACUAUCGAGCAAAGCGAGAUGGCGUCGAUAGUGUUACUGGCUGGAGACACUAUCGAGCAAAGCGAGAUGGCGUCGAUAGUGUUACUGGUCAGAGACAAUAUCGAGCAGAGACACAGAGACACUAUCUCGCUCUGCUUGAUAGUCUCGAUAGUCAGUGCCGGUCACGUGACACAAUCGAUUGUGGACCAGUACUGACCGGUAACACUAUCGACGCCAUCUCGCUCUGCUCGAUAGAACGAGUAGAGUCGAUAAAAAUCGAGCCGAGUCGAAAACUCGGCAAACGAAUCCAUGAUGAAGUAGAAUCAUCUCACCUUUUAACAACGUUAGAAUACUGGAAAGAAUUGAAUCUUUCAGGUGUAUUCACCAAGGUAGUAGACGAGAUCGAGGAGGUAUGUCAGUCAUUACCACAAGUGCUACACCACCAGCAACGCAUCUACAGGGUCAUUCAUGAUGCCGUCGCCUUAAACGAUAUCCAUUCACUACAACCUUUACUUGAACUCUUGUCACAAUUUGUUCAUGAUUUAGGCCCCGACUUUUUGGUUUUUUACUCAAAAACCUUGCACUUGUUGACCAAAGUUGCUCUUUUGCAAAACCCCAACGAUUUCCAAAAUAACAAAAACACUUCAAACUCGUUGGAUUGGAUUUUCAAUACGUUGGCAUUUAUUUUCAAAUAUCUAGUCAAAUUUCUUAUUGAGGAUUUGGAGCCUACAUUUGUUGAGCUUGUACCAUUGUUGAAGUUGACUAAUAGAGUAUAUAUUUCCCGAUUCUGUGCCGAAGCCUUAUCUUUUUUGAUUAGGAAACUGGGGCUGGAAUCGUUGACCAAAUUUGUACAAUAUUGUUUAAAUGAUCAAGAUAUUUUGGGAAAUGACAAUUAUUGUGAAUCACUAAAAAUAAUGUUUAGCGAAUCAAUGAAAAAUACCAGCGGCACUUUCCAUACCAAGGCCAAGAUUAUUUUAUCCACUAUAGUGGAGUGUGUCGUGUCUAGUGCACUCCUCGAUACUCAACCAAGACUAAUUGGUUUGUUGUCGGAUAUCUUAUUGGACGUGUUGCACCAUGGUGGAGUUGAAGCUUGCGAGAACUUUUAUCAGCUAGUUACUUCAACUUUAGAGGACUUGCUCAAAAUCAAACAAGACGAUGAGCUCAAAUCGCUUAAAUUGCUAAUCUCGUGUCAGGUUUUAUUCACGCUAUGUUUUGCCGACUCAGGUAGCAAAGUUAAGGAUUGGACAUGUGUGUUGGAUGUGGUGGACAAUAUCAUCACUAAAAUGUCUCAUCUGGCGACGUUAUCAAGGGAAUUGAUUGAAUCAUUUAUUUACCUUUUGGUGAUUAUUUUCAGAAACGUUGAUAUGCAAAUUCUUUUAAAGCGCCAGAAGCGGAUCUUUGAUGCUGUGCUACUGAUCAAUGCAGGUGAUGAUUUCUUACUUUUUGCAGAGUCAGGAUUGGCCGUUGCAGGAAAGAAUUUGCGAAAUUUCGGAAUCGCAAAGUACAUUCAAGAGUACAUCAAUAAAGCUGAUGGUCCUGAAAAAUUAAAACGAGUGGUUUUGUUUUUGGAACAUACAAAGCAAAGCAACCUCUUUAUUGACGAUAAGUUUAUUAUUUCGAAAAGAAUUAUUCAAGAAAUAAGCAUCGCUUCCAUAGCCGAUAUCGAAUCUGAAAAGUAUUUCGACUUGUAUUGGAAACUAUUGCUAUUCCAAUAUUCAGAAUCGUGUGAAAUCGAUAUAGAUAUACUCAAAAACUUACUAUUUAGCCUUCCAAGUACUUUGCAAGGUAUCGAGAUAUCUCCUUUGGUCCUUGAUAUACUAUAUCAAAAACUCACUACUAACACCACUACAUUAUCCUCCACCGCCACCACCAAAGAGAUUAUAAACUUCCUUGAUAAAUCCUUCAAUCAACUCAACAAGUCCUCUAAUUUCCUUCUGACAAUGACAAAGAUUGUUGAAUUUGCAGAGGAUCCAAAUAUAUUCAUGCAAAGAGCUUUGGACUGUUUAUACUUGCCCAACCAUGAAUCAAGGGAAAACGCAGUAGCGUUGAUUUCCAAAAUCUUAUUGCUUGACGGAAAAGAGCUGACCAGUUUGCUUUCUCAAAUCAAUAUAAUUGAGCAAAUUCCAUUAACCAUUGAUACCAGUCGAGAUAUUCUAUUGAGGGUGCGAAAUUUAGUAACUGAUUUUGCAAAGGAUAUCAAACCUAGUCAAUUUGAUAAAACAAUAAUCGUUAAUUAUUUAUUUGGUUUGCUAUCCAAUAGAUUCCAGCCAUGCUGGAAAGCUGUGUAUGAAACAAUACCUUUAAUUUCACAUAUUUGCAAAAAUGAAAUAUGGCAAUUGGCAUAUUCUAUAUUGACAAGAGAUUUCUCAGAUAACUCACAAAAGAGAAAAGAGUUUGUGAGUAUUGAUAGCUGUUUGAUCAACUGGCAACCAAGAAACCACAAAUUACUUCACAAUUUCCAAUACUUUGAAACAACGUUUUUCAACUGUUUUCGAAAUAUUGAUAAUUCAAUCACCGAAAUCUGUCAAGAAUCUACAAAUAGAAACCAGUUCAAUUCCUUUUUAAGAACAAAUACUUUACAAGCAUUGAAGGCUGCUCCAUCAGUGGCAGACAUCCCCAAAUUGGUGCCCCUUGUCGUAAAUGGCGAGACUGAAGAUCAUCAACAACAAGACUGGUCUAGGAACGAUAAAAAUGAAUUGUUAGCUCUUUUUGCUCAGUUUAAAAACUUACAGAAGAAAAGUGGAAGUAGAGAAUUGUAUGAUUACAUGUUGAUGCUAUUGUCAAGCACUCAUUCCAAGACACAGCAAUUGGCAAUUGAUGUUUUAUUUGCAUUUAACGAUCCAGUAAUCAACAAAUAUAAAGAUAACUUGAAAAACCUAUUAGAUGACAUUACAUUCAGUGACGAGAUUUCUACAUUCAUAGAGACGAUGAAUUUUGAAGACGACAAAUCUGUACUCAUGCCACUUGUCAUUAGGAUACUAUUUGGUAAAGUUCAAGGUAAACCAAGAAGUAAUAGUAAACAAGGUAACAAGAAUGCUGUGAUUUCCUUUUUGCCCAAUUUUGACACAGAAGAUAUAUUAUCGUUUAUCGAAGUUGGUGCAAACAAAUUAGAGUAUGCUAACUAUUUCAAUAAAAAGGUACCCACAGUGAGUUUGGGACUAGAUAAACUGGAACUAAAAAGAAUGACUGGGUUUAUUAGUCUCCUUCAACAGAUUUAUGAAGUAUUGAGCAAAAAUUAUGCCAAAGUGUUGCAAGCUACUAUUCAGCCGUUAAUUUAUUCGCUUGUUUCAGCACAGAAUAGGCUUGACACGCCGUUCAAUGAGGAUGAUGAGGAUAAGGAUAUUAUUGAAAAGAUUGCGAAAAGUAUAAGACUGAGUGGAAUGAGAUGCCUCAAUGAAUUGUUCAAGAUUUUAGGCUCCGAGUUUGAUUGGAGUGAUUAUGUUAAUUUGAUUAGUGGCCAAUUGAUAGAACCAAGAUUGGUUAAUUUUGCAAAUGAAAAUCUACAACAGCCAUCUGCUGUAUUGAUACUAAUGUGUUCGUGGAUUAAUCAACCAAAUACAAUUCCAUUUCUAUACGUUAAUGACUUUGCUGCUGUCAAGGCAAUUUUGUCAAUUUUGGGCCAUGAUGGAGCUAAGGAAGCUGUUUCUGCAAGUGUUUUGAACUUUGCAGUCGUGGCAUUGGAGAAGCGAAAUGAAUCGAAUGAUGAUUAUUUUACAUUGCUUGCUAUUGUUGUGGACUCUUUGUUACAUACAUUACCUUCUACAAUCAAACGGAUCUAUAAUCCAGAGGUUGGCUCUUUAGCUAUAAGGACUCUUUUGUUGAUGAUUCAAGGAGAGUACAUUGAUAGUAGAGAAACCAAAGGUACACUUAUUGAUGCUUUAACGUUUGCACUUGAGAAGAGCAAUUUACAAAUUGAUAUAAAGGAUAAGUCAAAUGUACUUAUUGCGCUAUCAUCACUAUUGGUAAGUUAUGAUUGCACAUUUGAUGAAAUAUUACCCUUAUAUAGAGUUGUUUCAAAACUAAUGAGAAUAUUUGCAGCUAAAGAAAUUCGUGAAACACUUGCUGGAUGUUUGGAAACUCUUGGGGGUAAAUUUGAGCAUUUGAAAUUAGUUGCUGAUAUUAUUGCUGGAUUGAAUUCAUUCACUACAAGAAUGAAUGAAUACGAUUUUGAGAGGCGAUUGGAAUCUUUUAGAUUGGUUAAUGAAGAGUAUUACACUACUUUUGACGUGACACAAUGGUUCCCAUUGAUCAAUUGUGCUUUAUUUUUCAUUAAUGAUCGCGAUGAAUUGGCAAUACGUGUUAAUGCAGGGUACAUGUUGAAAAGGUUUGUAGAUUGUUAUGCGGGCAAACCAACUAUUGAAGAAGCUGCGCCUUAUGUUCAUUUAUUGAAGGACACUAUACUUCCAGUUUUAAGACUUGGAAUUAGGAAAGAUAAUGAAGAUGUUCAAAGUGAAUAUAUUUCAGUUUUGGAAUACAUUGUUGAUCAAAACAAGUAUUUCACUGAGUUGAGUGAUUUGCGAAUCUUGUUAGGCAACAAAGCAGAAAAAGAAGGAGAAGAAGAAGAAGGAGGAGGAGGAGGAGAAAAAGAACAAGUUGAAGGUGGCGAAGAAGAAGGAUCUAGCUUUUUCCAAGAUAUCAAUCAUGUUCAAUUGCAUUUACGGUACCGUGCAAUAAGAAGAUUGACAGAGCAAAGCGGACACUUGAAAGGUAACAGCAUAUCUCAUUAUAUUCUACCAAUUGUUGAGAAAUAUGUGCUCUCCAAGGAGGAAAAAUACAGGAACAUAGGAUUGGAAUCCUUGGAAGCUAUAUCGGUAUUGGUUCAAUCAGUGACAUGGAACCAAUAUAAGGCUAUCCUCAAGCGAUACUUGAGUAAUCUCAAGGAUGGAGCAGAAAUGUUGAAACAAAAAGUGAACUUAGUAGUUGCCAUUUCAGGAGGUUUGAAAAAGAUUAUGAAUAAGGAAGAAGAGGCAAAGAAUAUAGUUUCGCAGGAUGAAAUUGACGACUUUAUAUUAAGCGAGAUACUACCGACUAUAGUGAAAAUAUUGCAAGUACGUAAUGACGAUACGAUUGUUGCUCGUGCGCCGUUGUCUGAGGCAGCGAUUAACUUUGUUUUGUGUUUAUCGCCAGAGAGAAUUGAAGGGGAAUUGCCGAAAAUCUUGACGAGUAUGUGUCAAGUUAUGAGAUCGAGAUCGGAAGAGUUGAGAGAUGCAGUGAGGAAAAGUUUAGGUAAGAUUGCAGUGGCCUUAGGUGCUCGUUAUUUGUCAUUCAUUUUGAAAGAAUUGAAGGCUGCGUUAUCUAGAGGUUCCCAGAUUCACGUAUUGAGUUACACAGUACAUUACCUUUUACAAUGUAUGGAUAAGCAUUUAGUUCAUGGGGACUUGAACGAGUCAAUUAGUAUGAUUAUUGAAAUAGUAAUGGAAGAUAUUUUUGGAGCUGCUGGGCAAGAAAAAGAUGCUGAUGGUUAUACAAGCAAGAUGAAGGAAGUCAGGUUCAAGAAGAGUUACGAUUCUUGUGAAAUAGUUGCAUCAAACAUUUCCUUGAACCAGUUUGGCGAAUUAAUUGAGCCAAUUAGAUUAUUACUUCGAGAGUCAAUCACUCAUAAAGUUCAAGUUAAAUUAGAUGAGCUUUUAAGAAGAUUAUCGAAUGGGUUGAAUCAUAAUUCUGAAGCAGCAAAUGUGGAAAUAUUGCACUUGUGUUUUGAAAUCUUUUCAAUGUCAUCAUCAUCAACAACAACGACAACGGCACCAGCAACAACCAUUAGUGCUACGGAACAACAUUUUUUGACCACGUUGAAUAGAAAGACCAAGAAUCAUGUUGACAAAUUGCUUUGCGAGCAAACUAUGCAACGACUUUCACUCGAGCUAUUGAGAACUGCAAUAUCUCGCCAUGAAAAUUUGUUGACUACUGCAAAUUUAGCAGGAUUUGUUCCUCUUCUAGAGAAAGGAAUAAAUUCUGAGAAUGAAAGUGUUGUUUUGGCGUCAUUGAGAGUUUUGAUGAUUGUUAUUCGUUUGCCUUUUGAUGAAGAGAUACAAGGUGUUUUAAAAACAUGUGCAAGACGAGCAAUAGUCUUGAUUAAAGAUUCUCCUAGUACUAACCUGGACCUUUGUCAAGCAGCAUUGAAAUUCUUGGCUACUACAAUAAAACACAAUCUGAAGGUUGUUUUAAAAGAUUCUGCAAUUAGCUAUAUAUUGACUAGAAUUCAACCGGAUUUGGAAGAGCCCAAUAGACAAGGAUUGGCAUUUAAUUUCUUGAAGGCUGUUGUGUCUCAGCAUAUGCUAUUACCCGAAUUGUAUGAUGUGAUGGAUAGUGUUGCUAAGCUUAUGAUUGUGAACCAUUCAAAGGAAAUUCGAGAUAUAUCGAGAUCGGUAUUCUUCCAAUUUCUUAUGGAAUACGAUCAGAGUAAAGGGAGAUUGGAGAAACAAUUUAAAUUUUUGGUGAAAAAUCUAACUUAUCCAACGGAAGAAGGUCGUCAAUCUGUGAUGGAGUUGAUUCAUUUGAUUAUUGGUAAAGCAGGCACUGAUUUGUUGAGCAAACUAGGGUCUUCUUUUUUCAUUGCCCUAUCGAAUGUCAUGGUAUCUGAUAGCUCGUCAAAAUCGAGGGAAAUGGCGAAUACUUUGUUGACUCUAUUGGUUAAGAAAUUACCAAAGAUCGGAUUUGUCGAGGAAUAUUGUGCAGCAUGGUUGAAACAGUCUACGAACCUGUUGUUGAAAAGAUGUGGUUUCAGUGUAUAUAAAUUGUUGAUUGCUACUUUCGGACUUAAAAAGAACAAUAGCUUGGAUACGUUGGCGAUAUCCAAUAUUCAAAGAAUUUUAAAUCAAUCCAAAUUCACUGAAGAAGGCAAUGAUGUUGAGUGGGAGCUUUUAUAUGCUAGUAUCUCAACAUUCAGUACUAUUGCAACAUCAGCCAAGGAUCAAAUUUUUGACAAUAGGUUUAAGAAAAUUUGGCAAGGUGUCAUUGAUUGUUUGUUAUAUCCCCAUUCCUGGAUCAGGCUAAUUACAUGUCGAUUAGUUUCUAUCUUGCUUUCAAAUUUGACUAAGAGUAAACUUGAUGGUGAUGCUAACGGCGAUGCUAAUACUGCUCAAUUGGAAACCAUUGCUACAAAACUAAUCCAUCAACUAAGAACACCAUCGUUGUCCGAUGAUUUGGCCAAUCAGUGUACAAAAAAUCUAGUGUCUAUUGCAAUGAGCUGGGAGUCGCAUGGCACAACAUUAAACAAGGGAGAAAAUGAACCACUUGUUGCAAAUGACUACUUAGUUGGACGAGUUUGUAGUAUAGUUCGACAAGAGAAUGUUCAAUCCCUGCUUGCUAAGAAGGCUGCUAUCAAGUUCCUAGCCUUCUUCAUACAAUUAACUACGGAAAAGCGAGUUGGUAAAGUUUCCGAAAUGAUUAUAUCAUCAUUAUACAAUUUCACCGAUGCUGAUUAUUCGGCAUCAUUGGCAGACGAUGAAUUAACCAAUAUUAGUUUGGAAACAUUAAACAUAAUCAAGGAAAAAAUAGGAGCCACGGAGUACACAAGUUUAUUUGCGCAAGUAAAGCAGCAAGUGAACUUACGAAGACAAUCAAGAAGAGCGAAAAAAGCCCAAUUAGCCAUCACAGCACCAGAGGUUGCAUCAAAGAGGAAAUUCAAGAAACAUGAAAGAAGUCGUGAAAAGAGGAAACAUGAACGUGACGAAAAUGGUUAUUACAAGCCAAAAAGGAAAAAGAAUAACUAA